UCUGGAAGUACACCCCCAGCUGUUCCCCGUGCACUUACACCUGCACUAGCACUCGCCCACUGGUUCAGUUUGCAGCAGUGCACUACUACCCCGUCUUCACUGAUGAAUUGAUUACCCAGCUGAUUUGAUCAGGAGGUGGAGAGGGUCCGCAGCUCCUCCAGCCCACGUGUCCUAGAGCAAGGAGCCGAAGCAGACAGAAAACCAGCCACAACAGUGAAACUAGAAGCAACAAUAGGCCUGUUCUGAGCAGGGAUCCCUCCUCUGCUGCUCCUCCUGAGGUGGAGUGGUCCACAGCUCCUCCCUCAGUGUGAUGACAGGCUGACAGCAGCAGCAGAGGAGGGGAUGAGGCUGUCAGGAGGAAUGCGCCCUGCAGGCCGACACACGUCUUCCUGCUGUUGUGAGCAGCUAACAAGCAAACAGCACAGAUAUGCAGAGAGGAUACCGAGGCAUUAAGUACACUUUAUUCAUCUGCUGCUACAUCUUCUGGGUCAUCAGUGCCGCGCUCAUAGCGGUGGGAAUCUAUGCCAAGAUCGCCAAAGAGAAAGAUGUGGUCGACACCCUGACAGUAGAUCCGGCUCUGCUGCUGAUCGUCGUCGGCUCUGUUACGUUCCUCAUCACCUUCCUCGGGUGUUUCGGAGCGCUGCGUAACGCCACCUGCCUGCUGAAAACGUUUCUUGGGAUCCUGAUGUCCGUCCUCGUGCUGCAGAUCGGAGCAGGAGUUGGGGGGUUUCUCUUCACAGACGUGGUGAUGGAGAGGACAGAGAAGCUGAUGAUGAAGGCCAUCAUCGACUACAGGGAAGACCAGGACCUGGAGAACGCCAUCGACUUCAUCCAGAAGAAGUUCCAGUGCUGUGGAGUCGAGAACUACAAGGAUUGGUCCCAGAACGUCUACUUCAAGUGUUCGGACACCAACCCCAGUCUGGAGGCCUGCGGGGUUCCCUUCUCCUGCUGCGUUCGCCUGAUGAACCAGACAGUGCUCAACACCAUGUGUGGUUAUGGGAAGCAGCAGAGAGAGGAACACUUGGCCAAACAGAGCAUCUUCACCACCGGCUGCCUGCAGAAAAUCAUCUGGUGGGCUAAAAACAACCUGCUGCUGGUGGCCGGGUUGACGGCCAGCCUGCUGCUGCUCGAGGUCCUCAUGAUCUGCCUGGCUGCUGCUCAGAUCUGCUGGAUAAAGAAAGUCCAACAACAAAAGACAGAACAAGCCACUAGGAACAAAUGGCAGAGGAAGGACAGCUACUGGUAUCCUGCUUUCGCAAAGUUUGAUGAGGAAUAAAACCAGCCUCUGACAGUUCUGACGCCGAUCAGAAAAACCCUGAUAAGGACUCUUCAUUCAUGCUUUCAGACGUACCUGAAUGAUGAUCGGAUGGAGCGAGACAUGCUCUGUUUACACUGUGAACCUGUGUUGUUAUGUUAGUCAUGUAUCUGAGAUUUGUACGCUGAGUGAACAGCUUCAGUAUCUUGCAACAUGAACUGCUACCUCAUGCUGUGCAGCCAAAAACCUAAAUAAACCUAAAUUCUAGAGGAGAUCUAAGGGGUUUCCCAAGAAGCCAAACAACAAGAUGUGACUGGUGUAAUUAGAAUGCCCCCCAGUGUGUUAAACCCAGUGACAGUGGGCCAGGACAUGGUGUCUCUCAGCUGCAUGAGAAAGAACCAAUUAUUAUCCUUCGCACAAACACCUCACGGCCCCUAGUGGUCACGAAAAUUAAAAAUAAAUAAAUCUAAAGGGAAAAAAAAAAGCUUACAAAACAUUUGUAGGCAAACUGCUGUUUACCAAUAAAGACC